UGAGCUUAAGCAAAAGAAGAAGAAGAACUUGCUUAACCUCAAAAAACAUUAAAAAUCAAAAUAUUCGAAACCGAAGUUUAAAAGUGAGAUGUUCAAACCCAAAACUGCCCAAAAACACAAACUAUUGUGUUGCUUUUUAUUUUUUUGAUCAGAUUAAUCGGUUUACUUUAAUAAUAUAUUCAGGCAAGUGUUCAUCAAAUUGAAAAUGACACAAGAAGCUGAACAUUACAAUAAUAGUGAUAUCGAAUCUACAGAACUUUCCACAAGCAAAUCAUUGAUGAAAAAGGAACCCAAACGUGGAAUAAUUUACUUGUCUUCUAUCCCACCAUACAUGAACGUUUCCAAAAUCAGGGAAUUUUUUGGAGAAUUUGGUACCAUUGGAAGGGUAUACCUACAACUGUCACAAAAAGGAUCAAAAAACGGUGAAAAGGUCAAGAAAAGGCGUAAUGUUGCGAAAAAAUUCAGUGAAGGUUGGGUAGAAUUUGAAAGAAAAUCCAUAGCUAAAAAAGUUGCUAUACAUCUUAAUAAUACACAAGUUAGUAAUAGAAAGAAAUCUAAACAGUAUGACCAUAUAUGGAACAUAAAAUAUCUGUCCAGUUUCAAAUGGACACAUCUUCAUGAAAGGUUGGCUUAUGAAAAAGCAGCUAAAAGACAAAAACUAAGAGCUGAAAUAACACUUGCAAAGAAAAAGAGCAACUUCUUCAGUGCCAAUUUGGAUAAGAAUAAGAAAAAUAAAACUGUUGUCAACAAGGAAUAUGAAAAUAUUGAUACAAAUGUUGAACAAAUUGAUACAGAUGACAUUGAACAACCUGAUGAUAGAGAGGAAUUUUUGAAAUCUCUCUUCUCUUAAAAUUAUACUUUAUGAUAACAUUAUUUUUUAUUAAAACUUUGUUUAAAUUACAAUUACAUUUGAGGAUAUUCAUACCAGAUUGUUUAUUGAAUAUUUUUGAAAAAUAGGUCUUAUUACUGCUGGGCACUAAUUUUUUCUUGUUCAUUAAGUUUGUAAACUUCAUUUCUUCCUAAAAAUUUACCACCAUCUAACUCCAAAGCAAAGUUAUAAUCUGUGGGGUUUUCAACUGCAUGUUCUAUAGACUCAUCUAUGUUUUCAGGAGUGAUGAAAUUCCUAGAGGAUUCUUUUUCUUUCCUGACAAUCCCUUCAAUUUCAGACAUUUUUUCUUCUGCUCUGAUCAUCUCCAUUUCUAUACGUUUUCUGGCAAAAUCAAGUUCACUCUCAAGCUGUUCAGCUAUGUACUUUUCUCUCAGGAUUUUUUGAGUAUCAUUCCAUUUGUUGUUUAAUUCCAUGCAAUGUUUCAAGUCUUCUUCAAAAGCCUUCCGUUUUUCUUCAGGAUCUUCACUAGCUAAAAAUCUUGUGCAAUGUUUGUAGGUCAGGUACCUCCUGAGAGAUUUGAUUUGGGUACGAUAGUUAUUGUGGAGCCUCAUAAGUUCUUUACUCUCGUCUUCUGGUAUUUUCGGUCGUACAGGUAUUCUAAAGACUUUGGAUUUGGCUGUCGGCAUCCACAGUGGUUUUCGCAUCCAUCGGACUGUCUGGUAGUUUGUGGCUGUUUCCAAGGAUGACAUUAGGAGAGAAUUCGUUACUCGAAGCAUGUCUGUUUUUCUCCAAAAAUAUAAGGUCUUCAGUAUCCUCGAAUCCUGACAAAAAAGCAAAAAUCAUUAACAUUAACCUCUCU